GACCAACACAACGGCAGGUUCGAUUACAGUCGCUCAUACCGGCAUAUCGCUUUUACACGGCCGUCCACGUCAACGCAUAUUAUAUUGAAAUUCCCUAUUUGUUGUGUGUAAUAACAAAAUCGAAAUAUACAUACAUAUUAUUAUUAUUUUUCCAAACACGACACAUUCAGUUGGACCGCGAUUCGCGCCCCCGCACAAUAAUAAUAAUAAUAAUUGUUUGUUAACCGUAUGACGUUAUACAUAUUAUACUACCUAGCCGGCUACUAUUAUCAUCAUCGUUCUACUUACUGCGAAAAUACAACAGUUGCAAGGACGAUUUCAAUCUGAACAACAACAGCAGCAGAAUAUAAAAUAUUAUUAUUGUGACAAUACCGUACAACAAAAAAGCCGUCGACGUUAUGUCAAACGACCAGAAUAAUUACACGGCCCAAACCGCGGUAAUGUAUGGCGACGGCGGCACCUCGUUUUGCCAACAGCCGAGGACAAAGAAGAAAUUGACAUUAACGCCAGAGUUGAGACGAUCGUCGUUAGCUGCGCCCGUAAAGACACAGUGUUGUUACAGCGAUUCCAGGCUGGUCAGUCUGAACGGGCUGGACGGCCUGAAAGACAGCACGCUGUCUCUGGACGAGAACGUGGAACUUAUCAGCGACACGAUAAUGCUGGAGCGCAAGCACUUCCAGGAUUAUAUCGACGGGUUGCGCGGUCAAGCUGUACAGCUGGAAGCUGACAUCUACUCGAAGUCGGCGAUGAUAGAUGACUUGCAACUGUACAACUGUGAAAAGCUCAACGUGAUCGGAUCGCUGGCGGCCAUCUACGACGAGGCCGUGUGGAGGUGCGAAUCAAUGCAGCGGCUGUGCGAGGAGCACGGGCCUUCCGGCGGUACGGACGACCCGUAUCGGUGCGCUCUGCUGGUGGACAGGGCCCUGGACACAGCGGCCGCGUUCAAGUCGGACCAACGGGAGAUGCGUGGCCUUUUGGACGGCCUGACGGCAAGCGAAGGCGUGCCGGACGAGCUGGUCGGGGCCGUCGAAAAGCUCAGCCGCGGCCUGGACGAGUGCGUGGUGGCCGUGGAGAGCGCCACCGGCCAGGAGAUGGCCAACGCCUUGCUCGAAGCCAACGACCUCGACCAGACCGUCAAGAACGUUAUCCGGGAGAUCGGCAAUUUCCGACGGGACGCCACGCAACCGGACUAUUGCACGGCCAUUGAACUCAUAGACAGGCUGGAAGCUUCGGCCCGAGACGGCGGAUCCGUCGCCGCCGGCACGGUCGAGUUGUGGGUGUCGGUGAAAAACCUGUUCCAGAGGAACCAGUGUCUGGCGCACAAGGUCGCGUCGCUGAACAUGCACAAGACGGGGUUGCAGUUGCAACUGGAGGAGAUGACCGAGAACGCCGAGCAGCUGGAGCGGCAGACGCAGCUGGAACAGGAGGACGUGCAGAGGAAACUGGACAUGCUCAACCGGACCGAGUCGAUGAUCGAACAGCACUGGGAUGAGCUCAACACUAGCACGGACAUGGUGAUUAAGAACCAGCAGGCCCAGGAGAUCGACCAGGAACUCGAAGACCUCCAGCUGGAGCUCGAUAACCUGGAUCUAGAAAAUCGGCACAUGGAAACAGACUUGUACGACCUCAACGAAGAAUUGUCCGACUACCAGUUAAAAUGCGACAGGAUGGAGAAAGAAAUUAGACAACUGGAAAAGGCAAAAGUCAAUAGUUUAGACGAAUACGCUAAAUCGUGGGGACACCAUAACGCCAAACAAAAGAUCAAGUACACUGGCAAACUCAUUAAGGACAUGGACUCUAUUACACAGGAGAUAAAAUUGUUGGAGUUUGAGCUGGAAAAGUAUGGAGAAGAAAAUGUGGAGCACGCCAAUGAGAGUACAGUGUUCGGCCGGACUCAGACCAAGUCUGAAAAGAUACAAAGGACAUUUGGAAUCAUAAACGUCAACAAACCGCAUACCGUUUUCCGAGAAAACGUAGUUCGCAAAAUACGGCUGUGAAGAAAAUCACAUACGCAUUUAUCGUUUAGUAAAUUGUACGACUGAUUUUUAUUUUUAUUUUACAUAAUCGAUUUAGAAAGAAAAAACCUAACCUGUUGAAUUAGAUUAAUUAACACUAUUGUGUACAGUUCUUGGUGUAUAUAUAUAUAUUUUUUUUUUUAUUUUUAAAUUCUUGUUCGAUGUAUAUUUAUUUUUAAUGUUUGUUUAGACAAUUUGUUUUAGAAAAUGUAUCGUGCCCGGCACGUUUUUUUUUUUUUUUUAUUAUUAUUAUUGUAUAACCAAUUAUGUUGUUUCGAUCGGUAUAAUAAAUAGGUAAUUUUUUUAAUUUUUGGUAAGCAAUUUACCUCAUAUAUAUAUACUUCUAUCAUAAUUAUAAUUAUUAUUAUUAAUUAUUGUGUACCACUAAGACCCGAUGUCGAAUUAUUAUUUGUAUUAGCAUUAUGAGAAUUUACAACUGGACUCCAUAUUAUCACGAAAAACGUGAAAAUGUUAAUAUUAUUAUUUUUAUUUAUGUAACAAUUUUUAUUAUAACCCACGAUCAUUGCUGCUGCCAUAUAUAUUGUUAUAAUUCAAUGAUGUAUUUGA